AUGGAUGUUGAAUCAAAGAACAAAGGACCUCGAGCCUGCACUACCUGUGCGAGGGCGAAAUCACGAUGUAUACCAGGACCGGAAGAUAGCAAUAAGUGUGAACGAUGCCAUCGGCUUCGGAAGCCCUGCGGCUCCCAGAUCCCUGCCCCCCCUAGGGCAAAGAAGGACCCCAAGCCGACCAAGGUCGCGGAGCUGGAGAAGAGACUGAAUGAGUUGACGACGCAAUUGGGCGCUCAGAGCGGGACAGCCGGGGUUCCAGCCGCUGCCGCCGCCGCCGGGGGUUCCAGCGGCAGUGGUAGUUGUGCCAUCGACAACCACAGUAGUCCUCUUCCCAUCACCAACAGCAACAAACCAGUAUCCGCCCGCAUUCCGAUCAAUGUUGACCACCUAUUUCCCCCGGCAGAAUUGCCGACGGACGGCGCUUCUGAUACGUCACCAGCUGCGAGUUCGUCGACUGUUGAUGAUCACCACACAGUCAACAGCAGCUCCCAAGGCCAGUCGGAACGAGUGGAGUCUCCUUGGCCGCUGAACAAUGAGUUCAGUAUCAUGCUGCAGACUUUCAAGGAUGACUUGCAACCAUUGUACCCCUUUGUCAUUGUGCCGCCUCACAUGAGUCCGGCGCGACUCGCGGCGGAGAGGCCGUAUCUGUGGAAGGGUAUCAUGAUGACGGCGUGCCAUCUCGAUGCUACUCGUCAGGUGACGCUUGGUAAUGAGUUGCUUGGGGACAUUGUGCAGGCGGCAUUCAUGAAGCCGAAAAAGAGCCUGGAUGUCCUUCAAGGGCUGCAGCUUCUUAUUGCAUGGUACCACUACAACAUCAACAGCUUCCAGCUCACGAAUCUUCUCUUCCUCGCAAGGUCUAUGUGUAUUAGCCUUGGGUUCAAGGACAGCCCCAUGUCGAUCAAAGAGAAGGGGAUCUGCAUCAUCGUGGAAGACCCAUCGGCGCCAAAAACAGAGGAGCAAACCUCGACUCGUCUAGAAUUGAUGAGAGCCUUUGCUGGAUGCUACUACCUUAACACGCUUGUAUUCACAACAAAUAAGCGACCAGAUGCCUUCAUGAAUACUACGUAUCUUGAAUCUUGCUGUAGACAGAUUCAAGACAAUGCACAGUAUCCAAGCGACGAGCUUCUGGCACAACUUUUCAAAAUCCAGCAACUCGCCCAGACCAUCUCCCUCACUUUAGGAGCAGAGAGCACCAGCUUUCAAUCCCUCCAGUUGCCCUUGACAAUGGUGGUCCAGUCUUUUCAACAGCAGCUUGAUAUCUUCAAGACGUCAAUACCCGCUCAUCUCAAGGACAAUGCCGGUCUCCUGACACACGUCAGCAUAGCGGAGAUUCUGCUCUACGAGAUUGGCAUCCCGGAGGGUCAGGGUUCCGCAUCGUAUAUCUCUCUGCCAGAACGCCUGGAAUUGCUCUGGGGGUGUUGCAACGCGGCCAAAACAUUCCUCGAGCUCCGCUUCCCUCGUAACAACAGGAGUGUGCAGCCGCGCUUCACCUGCCUCUCCUCUUCCGACUUCCUCUACGUCUUCAUCGUCUGUCUGAAACUGAUGACUCUAGAAGUGCCCGGCUGGGACCUCCCCGCGAUCCAGAAACACAUCGACCUGGCGGGUGUCGUCGACAGUCAGGUUCGGCAUCUGGAAAUCUUCACUGCACGGAGGGCUAGGCGACCAAGUGCGACAGUAGUAGCAGCAACACCGGCAGACUCUUCUGAUAUCCCGGGCCCCAAGGUCGUUGACCCCUUCUUGCGACUUACGGAGAUGCUGCGGUAUUUCAAGGGACUUCUCGAGGGAGAACUGAGUUCUUUCAGAAACCAGCCUGCUAUUCAAGAACCUAUCCAGCUUCCAGCCAAUUUGUCGGAUGGCACGCAAGCCAUGAUUCGAGACCUGGACGCGACUUUCUGGAACGGUAUGCUCGGCGAAGACCCUGGUACUUGGGAUGUUGGGACGAUGUUUUCUUCUAUGGAUUGGACGGCAACCUGA